CAGGAAUCGCGAGCUAUAACUCCGCCUGGCUCCCAAGUGUUGUUUGUGUGGACGCCUCGCCUCGCCAGGUUUUCUCUGUUGGAAUUACGUCGGAAACUUCACCAAAAUGAGGCGGAAGGGAAGGCCUAAAAAGCAGAAGGCUGGGAAAAAUCCUGGGAGGAGGGUUGGAAGACCUCGGAAAAAUGUGGAGCCUGAUGCACCUACUCCAAGGGGGCGAGCUCCUAAAAGGGCCCGGGUUGACAGGGAUGACAGUCCUGCAACAGUGAAGAAAGAGAAGAAUGUUUCAUCAGUAUUGGUGGUGGAUGAUGGGAUGUCGGAAGGCCUUCACAUGACUACCAGCCAAGUUUCAGCCUUGAGUGCCUUGGUAGCAUGUCGAGAGUGUGGAGAGUCAGUGAGAAUAGGGGUCAGGCCAACAACAAAGGGCAUGAUUUCAGAGUUCACUGUGUCUUGCACAGUCUGUGAGGAUAGCAAAUCAACAAACACACCCAACCUGAUUCGUGAACGGAAAAGAAAACGAGAAAAGAAGGAUGCAAUUCUUCAGAAAACAGAAAACAUAAAUUAUGCACAUGUUGCAGCAUUUUUAGACAAUGGCCUUGGAUACAGUGGCCUGCGUCACUACUGCAAGUAUUUCAAUGCCAGAUGCCUUAACGAGGCCACAUUUAUUGUUUAUGCAAGACAGGUCAUAAAUGACGUUGUUACAGAUACAGAAGACAGCUUGCUAUUUUCUGUUGGCAUUGUCAGAGAAGUUUUUAAGAGCCAUCUAGAAACAGAUGGCUUAAUUGAUCUUACAGUUGCCUUUACAACCACGUAUCACCAGUGGGGUAGUGAUUUCUGCCUUGUAGCUGGGGCAGUUAUUGAACUGACCACAGGCCUUGUAUUGGACUAUGAUGUGGCCAAUAUGUAUUGUCAUGUAUGCAAGAUAAAUGCAAAAAAAAUAGUAUCCAUGUCCCCAGCAGAAAUGACAGAGUGGUUCAACAAGCAUCAAGAUACCUGUGAAAUACGAGAAUGGUGUGAUGAGUUAGAUCACGAUGCAGAGGAAGGAGUAAGAGAGAUUGAACCCAAGUACUUAGAAUGCUUCAUCGCCAAGAAAAUAUGGUCAAGAUCUAUUGAAAAGUAUGGUUUCCGGUAUACCACACUCAUCCAUGAAAGUGAUGAGAAGAUUCAUGAAGAGUUGUCAAAGGCUGCUGUGUAUGGUGAUGUACCCAUUUUGAUUGACAGUACCUCUUCAUGCUUUAGCAGAAGGAAGAGUGAACAUGCUCGGACAUCCUUCCAAACCAAAUUAAAAGCAAAGUGCCCUAGAGAGAGAGUACAGACCAAAGAUAGAAUCAUGUAUGUUUAUGCUAUGUCCAUUCCGGAGUACAACAAAUUUGCUAUAUCAUCUAAUUUUAAGCUAAGGCAACUGGUAAAAGAAAUGGAAAAUGCUGCAGAAGAACCAAGUAUGAUACUUGGCCAGCCUGUGGAAGAUCUAGAGGAAGAAAUGUCUGAAAUCAAAGCCAUGAAGUUAGAGCAGGCAAAUGGACAGGGUGGAAAUGCAAAUGAAACUGGGGAGGGAUAUGAAGAUGAAGAAGAAGAAAUGGAAGAGGAAGGAGUUGAGCAGGAAGAAAUGGGAGGUCAAGAGGGGGAGGAAAUGGAAGGUGAGGAAGAUGAAGAACUUGAGGCUCAGGACGAGGAGGAGGAAGAGGAGGAAUUAGAAGGCCAGGAAGAAGAAGGCUUAGAGGAACAAGAGGAAGGGGAGGAUAUUGAGGGACAAGAGGAAGAGGAACUAGAAAGUCAGGAAGAGGAAGGAAAUCAAGAAGAAAUUAGCAUUCAAGAAAAGGGGGAAGUAAAAGUUGGAAGGCUAAUAAAACAAGAGAAAGUUGAAGGGGCCAUGAAGAUGGCCCAGGAAAAGGCGACUACCGGAUCAGCUGGGGAGUUAAAGAAAGUCCCAGAAAAAACGGUAUCAGUGAGUGAAGGUGUAGGCAAAGAGAGCAAGAGUGGGGAGAGUAGUGCCACCAGUAAACAGAGUGAAUCAAAAUGAUAUGUAAUGCCCUAUGUACAUAUCCCAAGAUUUAUCCCAUGCCAAGAUUUUGCACAGUUAUGAUGUAUAGAAAUCUUUAUGAGGGCACUUCCAUUUGGACAUGCAAGUUUAUUUUGGGGUUGACACAUGAAGAAGCUAGUGCUGCCCAGAGUUCUCAAAUGCACAUCAUCUCCUUGGGUGAUGACAAUAAGCAGUUUCAUUUUAUAGAUAGACUAGUGUUAUUCACUUUUCAUUUGAAAUCUUUUUAUGUAAGUUAUUUUUUAUGCAUACUCGUGUUAGUUUAAACUCCUAUAUUCAUAUCAAAUGGUUAAAUCUUCAUUCACAGAUGUGAAAGCAGAAAAAAAAACAUUCCUGAAUACAGAACCUUUCACAUAUGAUUGGUUAAGGAAACUGUGCAGUGAAGUUGUACUGCAUGGAUGUCCUUUGGCUGUGCUAAUUGAGCUAAUCAUUGCCAAUCCCAAGAGUUGGAUGAUAUAACUAUUUGCUGAUACAAAUUGCUGUCAUAUUAUUUAUAGUUACGGACAGACCAGUAGUAAAAAGUAUUUGACAUAUAUCUUAUUAAAUAAAGAUUUGCCUUUUAAAAGGCGUCUGUGGUAUUUUUGUAUCAGUAGAUAGUAGAAGUGGGCAAAUGUGUAAUCCACAUUUUCAGUAUAGAUUUAUAACAAUAAUUGUUAUUUAGGUCAAUAAGGCAAGCAGUUAUCGAACACUUGGUGCAUAUGCAUCACUGCAGUCAUUCAGUAAUCACUACUUGUACACCAAUAAAUUAUGUUUUAGUAGAAUAAAAGUUUCUUAAGA